CAUAACUUUUUAAGAAAAUGUCAUUUUCUUCACAUGAAAUUGUCCUUACCAGCUCCCCUCAUGGCCCCAUCACUGUCUAUGACACAGUCUCAGGCACCACCCUAGCUCGCUUCAGCGGCAGCCGGUCACCCCGCCACGGCCUUGUCCUUGCAGGAAAGGCUUAUAUUGCUGCCUCUCACAUCUCCUCAGCCACAGCUUCCGGUUCUAUUCACCUCUACAACUGGUGGUCUCCAACAGCUUUGCACCAUCUUCCCGUCCCAGAACCUGUGGCUCCACUUGCUUCCACUCCUGAUGGCUUGUUUUUAUUUGCAGGUGGCCUUUCAGGAGAUAUCUUUGCUCUUUCAAUUCCAUCAGGAAACAUUAUCAAAUCAGUUCCUGCGCAUCACAAGCCUGUAUCUUCUCUCAAAAUCAGUAGUGACUCGUCCCUCCUGAUUUCAGGAGGCGAUGAUGGCGUGAUUGUAGUUAUGGCAAUCUUUCAGCUUCUAGAUGCAUCAGGAAAUGAGAAUCCAAGUGAUUCGAUAUUGCAUAGCUUUGUUGCACAUGAUGGUCCUGUGACAGCCAUCAGAUCUUGCACGAGGUUAAGUCUUCCUGCCAUAGUUUCUUGUUCAUCAGAUUGCACUUGUAAGCUAUGGAGCCUUCUGGAAGGAGAAAACCUACACACAGUGGCAUUCCCAUGUGUGAUCUUAGGUAUUGCUCUAGACACAAUGGGGGCAGAGUUCUACGCUGCAGGAUCGGAUGGCUUGAUUUACAAAGGAUCCUUUAAGGCUGAAAGCAGAAAAGAAGCGAGUCGGAGUCGUGAAUUGGCCAUAUGGGCUGAAAGACAUGGUGGAGCUGUUGUAUCGGUGGUUGUGGUGAAUGAAGGGAAGAAUUUGGUAUCUGCUGGAGAAGAUGGGAGUGUGUAUAUAUGGGAAAUAGAGAGAGGGCAGGUGAUUAUGGUUCUAGGAAAUAACAUGGAGGGAAUUAGUGAUGUAGUAGUAGCUAAAGGGAUUGGAGAAGGUAAAGGGUAUUAUGGAAAUGGAAUAAACAAUGAAAUGAAUGAAUUUGUUGGUGGAAGUUUAGGGUUAUCAGGUAAAGAACUUAGCUCCAGACCCAUAAAAGAAGCAAUGGACAUGGAAGAUGUUCUAAAUGUGGCAGCAAAUGAUAGAAGAAAAGCCAUUGAUAUGCUUGAGUCUGCAAUUGGAGUAUAUGAGAGGCUUUUGGAGCUCAUUCUCAAGGAGGCCAAAGGAAGCACUAGCAAGAAUGGUGAAAAAAGGAAGUGACAUGUAAACAUAUCAUAAAUAAAUAAAAUAGAGAAAUUUCAUGGAAGUUUUAUAUUUUUUCUUCUUUACCUUCAGGAAUGGAAACCAUUGGUAAUGCGUGUUAAUAGGUUA